CUAGGGAUGAGGGGAGGUGCUGCGCUAAAGAAUGGACUUUAUAUCCAGUGCCAGCCACAAAUUGCAGCUCAAACAUCUCGUCACGCUCUCUCCUGCUGCCCAGUCACCUUCUCUGGCUUGCAUCCCCAGCAAGCCCCGGCUCAGUAUCUUGCACUUCCUGCACUCUACAGCCCCGAGUCAUGUCUUCCAGCAGCAGAGUGGCCGUGGUGACCGGCAGUAACAAGGGGAUUGGCUUGGCCAUCGUGCGCGAUCUGUGCAAGAAAUUCCCCGGGGACGUGAUUCUCACCGCCAGGAAUCCGACCCUGGGCCAGGAGGCGGUGAAGAAGCUGAAGGAGGAGGGACUGAACCCUGUUUUCCACCAGCUGGACAUCAAUGACCUGCAGAGCAUUCAGACCCUGCGGGAAUUUCUCAAGGAGCGGUAUGGGGGCUUGGAUGUGCUGGUCAACAAUGCUGGGAUAGCCUUCAAAGAGUCUGAUACCACACCUUUUCCUAUUCAAGCUGAGGUGACACUGCAAACCAACUUUUUUGGCACCAGAGCUGUAUCUGCAGAAUUAUUGCCUCUGAUAAAACCCCAAGGUAGAGUGGUGAAUGUUUCUAGCAUGAUGAGUGCAUUCGCUCUUAAAAAAUGCAGCCCAGAACUGCAGCAGAAGUUUAGGAGUGACACAAUCACAGAGGAAGAGUUGGUGGGGCUCAUGAACAAGUCUGUGGAAGAUGCAAAGAAGGGAGUGCAUGAGAAGGAAGGUUGGCCUAACACUGCUUAUGGAACGUCCAAGAUUGCAGUCACUGUCUUGUCAAGAAUCCAAGCCAGGCAACUGAAUGAGCAGAGGAAAGGUGAUAACAUUCUUCUGAAUGCCUGCUGCCCAGGAUGGGUAAGAACUGACAUGGGAGGAAUCAAUGCUGCCAAAAGUGUAGAGGAAGGAGCUGAAACCCCAGUUUAUUUGGCUCUUUUACCUCCAGGUGUUACAGAACCUCAUGGCCAGUUUGUGUCAGAGAAAAAGGUUGAAAAAUGGUAAAUUUGUGAAUCUAUUCUAGUGAUACUUUAGUGUUAUACAUGUUGGAUUUGAUUUAAAAAUUUACAUUUAUAAAGAAAUAAAAAGAAAAGUACAUUUUGUGCCUUUACUAAUUGUCACAGCUAAUUCCUAUAAGGUGUUCUCCUUGAGUUGCCUACUAAUUAUGUGAGAGAUUUGUAAUGACUGAGAUUUCUAAUGAUUCAAUAUUUGUAAUAGUGGAAAAACAUGCAAAAUUCAGAUUCCCUAAAUGGAAUAAAAAGUUUUCAAAGGCUACCAAUAAAUCACUAAGUACUCUGAAAUUUUACUCAUUCCUGAUCAAGUUUUACAUACAGAAUCUGCUUCAUCACAGAAAUAGGUAAUGCAUGCAGGUUUCUUAUGCUGGGGAAAUGCCAGUAUGACAAGUCAACACAACUGGGUUCAGGGGGCACAUGUGUGCUUUGGGGCAUUAACUGGGCCAUUCCUUACAGGCUGUCAGGGUGAUCUUCAGGUAGAAUAACUUUCUGAUGCCAUAUUGCAAGCUACCUCUAUUACAAAGCUUCCUUCUAUGGGAAUGCAAGGCUUCUCUUAUAAUUCCCAAGAUUCU